AUGCCCGCAUGGCUUCCCUCCAUCCCAUAUCCCCCGCCAGGCCAGCCGGGGUACUGGCAUCCCGUCACGAGCACUUUACAGUGGUGUGAAGAGGAUUAUUACGCCACGUACUACUCCGCCGAGAUCAUCAACACUCUAACCAACCUCAUGUUCAUCUACCUGGCAUACAAGGGAGUUCAGAGCUGCAGAAAACAUGGACACGAUACCGUAUUUCAAGUGGCAUAUUUUGGAUAUUUCCUGGUUGGAUUUGGCAGCUUCAUGUUUCACACCACCUUGAAAUAUCCGUGGCAGUUGGUUGACGAGCUCAACAUGAUAUACACUACCUGCCUCAUGGCCUUUGCUUCCCUAUCCUACUCGCAACCUAGACAGAUACAAGUCUAUCUCGGCGUCUUCUUAGUGCUAUUCUGCGCCUUUAUUACCGCCUACUACCAUUACCUCCAAGACCCCGCCUUUCACCAGAUUGUCUACGCCUUGUUGACCGUAUUUAUCGUCGUGCGCAGUGUCUACAGCAUGGAAACGAGUCUGCGACCGUCGUUGAGGAAAUCCGAAGAAAAGCACCGUCUCGAACGAGAGAGGUUAGGCCUCUCGGUGGAGGUUUCAAGAGAACAACAAGAAUAUGAGAAUAAACGAGACCUGGAAAUCCUAAGAACCAUGUGGUGCUUGGUGGCGUUUGGAGUGAGCGUCUUCCUUGGCGGCUUCUACAUCUGGAAUCUGGAUAAUCAGUACUGUUCCACGCUCAGACGUUGGAGGCGGAGUAUCGGCAUGCCGUGGGGUUUCUUCCUCGAGGGACAUGGCUGGUGGCAUCUCAUGACCGGCAUUGGCGCUUAUUGCUAUAUUGUGUGGGGCAUACACCUUCGACACAUUCUAAACGGAGAUCAAGAGCACUUCCAGAUGGUCUGGCCGAGCAUUUUCACGCUGCCAGAAAUCGUGAGAGUAUCAGAUCCGCCGGAGAAGGAGAGCAGCAAGGCAAACGGUGCUGCAACUGCCAACGGGAGUGCCCAUGAAGCUGCCAAUGGGAGUGUCAAUGGGAGCGCAAAUGGUUACAGCAAAAAGACCAAAUGA